UCACUGGGAAUAGGGCCCCUGCGAGGCGAGCUCCGGAGCGGCGGGCGGGCAGUCCGCUCCCGGGGGCGGGAAGGGCCCUGGGCCCGGGCGGAGGCGGCCAGGCCAGGGGGGCCCUGGUCCCCAGCGGGAGAGCGAUGAGCGGCCCCCUGGAGGAGCGGGAGCUGCAGGAGAGGCUGCGGGAAGCGGCCGCUCUGGGGGACCUGGAGGAGGUGCGGCGCCUGCUGCGGAGCGGGGCGGACGUCAACUCCCCAAAUGAGAUCAACGGCUGGACUUGUUUGCACUGGGCAUGCAAACGGAACCAUGCUGAAGUGGUCUCUUGCCUGAUUGAUGCAGGUGCUGAUAAGGAGAUUCUCACAGCUAAAGGAGAACUGGCAGCCCAGUUAACGUCAAAGAAAGAAAUCAGGAAGAUUAUGGGAGUGGAGGAAAAUGAAUUUCAAGAAGUGGAAGACUUAAACUUGCCAAUUGUUGCAAACUAUUUGGCCAAUCCACCCUUCCCUUAUGUUUACACUAAAGAAAGCAACAGCAUUCCAGCCAUCUCAACAGCAUCCCAGAAUGAAAGCACUUCCGUCUCUUCUGUUUCUCUGUGUGAAACUAGUCCUUGCUCAUCAGCAACUCAUGUCGAAAGCAUAUGCACAUCCAUGUCGUCACACAGCGAAGAUCGUUUUCCUGUGGUACGCUCUAAGGAAGGCCAGCCCAUCCCAUCAGCACCCAUCGUGGUGCCAGAAUAUCCAAAACCUAGAGUCCAGAAUGGCCCCAUUUGUCAGCCAUCUAUGUCUCAUAAUAGAGGCCUCUUUUCUCCAGUAGCAUCUAAACAGCCUGUACCUCAGCAACAGAAUGGCUCUCAUACUGGGGCUGCACCGACAUUUCAGCCACUUUUCUUCACCGGAACUUUUCCAUAUAAUAUGCAAGAACUGGUGCUUAAGGUAAGAAUUCAGAACCUUAGGGAAAAUGACUUCAUUGAGAUUGAAUUAGACAGACAAGAACUGACCUAUCAGGAUCUACUCAAAGUCAGUUGCUGUGAACUGGGUGUUAAUCAAGAGCAAGUGGAGAAGAUUAGGAAGUUACCAAAUACGUUGGUAAGAAAGGACAAAGAUGUUGCAAGACUUCAAGAUUUUCAAGAACUGGAGCUGGUUCUAAUGAAAAGUGACAACUCUCGUUUUAGAAAUGCUGCAUCAACACUGACGGAGAGGUCUUGCUACAAUAGUAAAGCAUCAAAGCUGACUUACUGAACUUUCUAGGAUGUGAGAAUUAUAUGCUGCUGUCUUCUGAAGCAGUGGAUUAACUGUGUAUGAAACCUUAAGUUAUUGUUAGGGUUAAUAUUUUAACUAAUAAUAGUGUAUCUUUGAUAUUUACUAUCCCCUUUGCUUUUUUUUAACUUAAUAUUGUAUUCAGAUGAAGGGUACCUCAUUUGUCUAUUAAGCUGACAUGCUUCAGAUACAAGUCAAUAAAGUUUACUGGUUGUAUCUGGCAUAAGAAGACAGCUGGUCAACUGUUGGCAUGAAAAGUAAAGACUUCUGGAAAAAUCAAUCAGGCACAGUUAGAUAGCUGUAUCUUUUCUGCAUAAAUUUGGGCUUCUAUGGCUUGUGGCAAAACUGUUGCCCCCUGAAAAUGUAAAUACUGCCCUUAUUUCUCAGACUCCUCUGGGUGCAGUCUCUUUCUGCUGUCACCAAAACUUUUAAGUGAACUGAUGAAGAUAUAAGGGUUUGUAUUAGAGAGAGAGACAGUCUUCAAGAAUUUGGUUUUGUACUGCUUUCUCCUUCCUCAGUCUAUGAAGAGUCUCAAAUCCAUGUUUGGGAGUGGAGUUUAGCCAUCUGAUUACUGUACACAGUACCUGGCUCACUGAGUCUCUUACAACUGCUCUAAGUGUGAAGUAGCAUGCCAUGAUGUCUUUUAGAGGAGUGGUCUUACUGCUCAAAGUGAAAAGGAGGACUUGUGGCACCUUAGAGACUAACCAAUUUAUUUGAGCCUAAGCUUUCGUGAGCUACAGCUCACUUCAUCGGUGCAUCACGAAAGCUUAGGCUCAAAUAAAUUGGUUAGUCUCUAAGGUGCCACAAGUACUCCUUUUCUUUUUGUGAAUACAGACUAACACGGCUGCUACUCUGAAACCUGCUCAAAAUGGUCCACAGAACUCACCCAUUGUAACAACCACACAGGGACAGCUUGCUAAAAUCAGGUUCCCAGAUGUCAAAAUGCCAUUGAUGUUUAGUAAAUACCUUUAUUUCUCUUCCCCAAACUAAUAUGUGACCCAACUGAACAAAAUGGGAUAACUUUUAAUAUUUUGUUCUUAAAAUAUUGAUUUUUUUUUUAAAAGUAAACCUUAGCUGCACUGUUGAACAAAUGUAUUAGAUCGUCAAAGCAAAUGAAAGUUACAUAUGUGGUUGUGUUUAAAAGGAAACUGCCCUGUUUGACUGUAUAUUUAAAUUUUUUUUGUGGGUAUCAAUUUCUUUUAAAAACCUAUAUACUUGUCCACUUGGCAAGCAUUAAUUAUGCCCUAUGAUUCAAAUAGUGCUUUAAUGCUUUUUAAAAAAAUCUCUUCUAGGAACUAGUCUCAUUGAUACUCACAGUUCAGGGAAGCUGGGUUAAAUUCAGCGGCCUUUGCAGUAGGAGCACAAUACUAGAAAAUAUUUGUUGUUGAGAAGUAUCAACUCCAGAGGGGAGAGUCUGCUCUUGCUUAGCCAAACCCAAUUAAGGGAACAUGUGAAUGGAAAAAGAGGCACCAUCAGAAGCAAUUAACAUAUGCACCUGGAGCUGUUUCUAAACUGAUUCUGUAUGACACAUUCGUCCCACAACUGUUGCAUUACAUUGCAUGAGCUGGUGUCACUUAAAGCGUGUCAAAAGCUACAGCCAAUUGAGUAAUCCAAUAGCUUAAUGUUGCUGGACGCUUUAUAGCACUAUGUUAAAAACUUGAAUCUAAGCUACUUAAGCUCUUAAUUUUUCAGAGCAAGUCUAUAGACUUAGCCUGGGCAGUGUAAAUUUAAAACAUAUAUCACAUUUGCGAUCAAAUACUAUAUUUUCAAGUUGUUUUUUCUCCCAAGGAGACUGGGUUUACUUUUGUUGCUGGGCGUACUAAUCUCUAGCAGUUCUGAAAACACUUGACUACCCUGACUCUGAUGAAGGCUAGGUGGAUGUGCAGAAAAACUAGAAAUGGCAAUUCCAGAUUGAGUAGGAAAGCUGGCCUUUCUUAGACUUAAAUAAACAUCUCCUACCGGAGUGACUUUCAAUUAAAAAUGUAACCUAAUUUAUAAGAGAUCUAAUAUUGAUUCCAUCUCCAACUCUAUUUCUUUAUUAAGCUAUAUUAGAGCAGCUGCAUUUAAAUAGCUGCUUCUUGCACUACUACCCCAAGAAGAACGUGAUAAACCAUAGGGAUUUUUUUAUGUGGAUUGCAGCGUAUAAUAUUGGAAAUGAUUUAGUGUAAUACACUGCAUAGGGGAUAGCUUCCCCUUGCAGUAACUAAUGCUCUGUUUGACUAACAUGUUUUCACACGCCAUACAACUGAUGGCACAUAUUGGUUUAUAUUUAUACAUUUCUGAAUUUGACUAGACAAUAACAGAAUGUGGCAAAUGCAACACAGAUAAAAUCCAAAACAUAAAGAUGAGUUAAAGUUACUAGCACUUUCCUUUUGAUCACUGAGCUUUUGCUUAACUGGCUCAAAAAUACAUUACUGCAUUCUAGGUCCUUUCCCUAUUCUAACACUCCACCAAUGAAAGCCUCCAGCGAUAUGCACCUGUGGUCUAAUCCUUCUGCCUUCUAAUUCAGUCUGACAGUACUCUCCCCUGUUCUGUCCAUACAGUGGUUGGACUGCUCGUGAGGCCUGAUUCAACUCCUACUCAACUGAAGGCCCCAUCAGUACUUAGUCCAACCUGAUACUCCCUGUGGUGGGGAUUUGGCCUAUGUACUUGCCACUGUAGUGUCGGGGUUAUUUCAAAGUGAAUGCUAAACUGUUUGGAAACAACAGUAGCUAUGUAGAUCAAAAUUAAGAGUAUUCACAGCUAGUUUUGCCGAUCCUAUGGUUUAAUGCGUGUAGGACAUUCACUUUUACAUAAACAAUGUAACAGAAUUGUCCAGCAACUAAUAGAAGUGAUUCUAUUUUAAUAAGCUUUAUUUUCUCUAAUUCAUGACAACUAACCAUCAACUUGAUAUGCAACACAACCUUUGCUAAAGAACUACUAACUGUAAAAAUAUAGUGCUGGUAACUGAGCAGAUCUAUGCAUUCAGAGAAAUAUUUUUGUAUGUUUUAUGAAGUUUGAUAAAAUUUAAAGGACACUAACUAUGUUAAUGGUGAAUUUAUUUCUGUUCAUUGAAUAAUAAAGAUGUCAGUGUAAAAAAA